AAAAAAAAAAAAAAAAAAAAACACAUGCCAGGGGCGAGAAAAAGUUACAUCAAGGAGGCUAAUUCAGAGCCCUAACAACGCCGCAUGAGAUUUCACAUACUUUUGUACAAAUAAAAUUCUUUUUCAAGAAAAAAACAUAGCCCAUCUUCUUCUUAAUUACUCCAGACCUGUGCCAUUCCUGGGUCAUCAAAAAUAAAAAUCGUGUUUGCUUGCAAAGAACGAUAACUUCACUUUCUCGUUACCCCUUUUCAUCAACUUACCACCAAACAGACACAAAGUCAAGAUGCAUUUGCUCAAACAGGCCUUGAGCCUCCUCAUGAUGGCUGCUGUCGCCAAAAUCAAGGCAGUGCCUACCACCUCUUCCAUGGUAGCCACAAACAUUACCUCGGUGUCUGCUACAAAUGGCUCCAUGGUGGCCACGAAUUCCUCGACGGAAGUGGCACAGCUGGAGCAACGACAGGUCUUCAGACACUGCGAGAUUAUUGGUCGCAACUCGGUGCACCUCAUCGUCUACCCAUUCAACGACGGCAUCCACAAUUACGGCCUGGUCGACUGGAAUCCCAAAUGUCUUCCGGGGCUCAAGGACGAGAUCAAGAAGCGGUGCUGCGAUCACAUCAACAACUGGGAGUGCCGAAUCGACCCCGGCCGGCCCGCCAUGGGUUACCAGAUCGCCUUUACCUUUGGCAUCUUUUGCAAGCGCCCAGACCACUGCAUCGAGGACGCCUACUUUGCCGUGAACCACGAGGACCCCAGGGAGGAUUUCAUUUGCGUCUAGGGCUGGGUUGUUUUCUGUUGAGUCAUCCUACUCUUCUUUUUCUUAUUUAAAAAAGGAAGGGGAAGCACCGUAUCCGGUCGAUCGCUCAUUUAUGGGGAGUGGACAUGGCCUAAGGGAUUAGGGAGAGUUGAGUGCGUGCAGGGUCUAGGGGCAAGAGGAAGCAGAUAUUGUCGAUACUUCUCUUCAUAUUUUGUUGUCUAUGACCACUUGCUGCGGCACCUACAAUAAUUUCUGCGGUUUCCCAAGUGGACACUAAUAGUAUCCAUCAGCACA